AUGGGCACAACAACUAUGAAGGCCUCGCGAGAAUCCCUUGCCGACUCACGAGAUGAUUUCGUCGUAUAUAACCAGGAGCUGUCUGCUGGGAACAUCCCAGGUCAGAACGACGCUACAAUCCAAACAGAGCUUCGUUGUAUAGCCAACACACUCUCUGGGUGGACGGAGCACUCGGAUUAUCCCAACAAGGUAACUCGCAGCUGUUUUUCGGACCGGCGCUGCAACGUCUCAGAUAUCAUUGUAAAAGUAGCUGAGCUAGUCACCAUCAAGGACGGGUAG